AUGCUUAAUGAAACGACUACGAUGAAGCCGGCCAAUUUGGCGAUAGCUGCGGGGACGGCAAAGACGGUGGAGAAAAAGGUGAUGGAAAAUGGUACCAGUACUACUACUACUGCGAUCACACCGACCACUACGUCAACUACAACAUCAACUAGUCCGAAGACAACUCCAAUGACCGAGAUCUCGUUUUUCACUUCCUCGGAUGAUAUCUUUUCAUUGGACCAACAACCUAAACAGUCAUUGACCAAAGUUUCAAAACUGGAUCUUCAGAAUCCAGGAAAGAUUAUCGGAUUAACAGUCCGAGAUGGUCAAUUACUUCAUGUUGCCAAAUCACACGGCGAAAUUGAUAUUCUGAAUUCAACUUCUUUUGAAUUCUUGAGGAGUUUACAUACAUCUACUACUAUUCAUCGGAUUGGUUACUUUGAGGAUGGAAAGAUGGCUGUGAAUGAGGCUAUUAACUCCACUUUGAAUAUCUAUGACGUGGAGGGAAGGGUCAUCAAUCAGUUGGGCAUUGAAUAUCAAGUGCUAGAUUUGAAGAUCUUCAACGAUACGGUAUGUUAUGCAUAUUGUUUUUUGAUUAGCUCAGUUCUUACGGGUUCAUGAAGCUGUCGAUGCAAAUUUAUAACGUCUUUUUGAAAUGCCAAAUUUCAGAUCUAUGUUCUAAGCAGGACCAACUCCACAGUUUAUGUUUACGACAAAAAACUGGAGCUAACCAGUGAGAUCAAACUCUCAGAGGUUCCAAAAGAGAGUUGCAACUUUAUCCUUCCCACAGAAUCCUCUCUCUACUUCUCCUGUCAAUCCGGAAUCAUAAAAUCAUCGUCAAACGGAACCAUCAUCGGUUCUGCCUCAAUCCCUGGUGGUUCUUAUUCCCUGGCCCUUCUUCAAAAUGUCGAUGAAAUUUGGGCAGCUCAACGGGGUCGGGCGGAAUUCCACGUCUACUCUGAAGAUCUUAAAUUUGUGAAAAGAGUCAUCGCCGACCACGAGGAGACGGCGCUCUGGUCGAAUGUUGUGAAGCAAGACGAUUUAUUGUACUGUUUGGAUUAUGUUAUCAACUCGAUUACUGUCUAUCGGAUAUAA